AUUCUUUUUCAGCUCCACCAGGUGUAGGUCUCGACGAAGAUUCCCCAGUACAGCCUUUAUAAAACAUAGACAGAUGCCGGGGCCCGACCUUUCACCCAGGUACGUCCGCACAACACUCCUUCUGAUGAUGUCAUCACUGCUGGUGACCUUGGUUGGAUUCUCCACUCCUGCGUGGACCUCCUCUGAAUUAGCUGUGCCAACGCCAUUCGGAGAUGCGAUCACCUCCCAUGUGACCACAGGUCUGUGGCGUGCAUGUGUGGACGACGUGUGUGGGUCUGUGAAAGCUGACAAUGGCUGGUUGUUAGCAACCCGUGCAUUUGUCACCUUGGGUCUACUUGCCGGCCUUAUGUCUACGAUCCUAUUUCUGCUGUACAUCUUCGUAGACAGGACGCACAACGCUGUUAUCUACCUCGAUAUCAUCAUCACAAGUCUCGUGCAGGUUGUUUGCGUCCUGUUGGCUGUGUGUAUAUACGGCUCCAAUGCCCCAGUAAACCUGGCCUGGUCCUUUGCCUUUACCAUAGCUGGAAUGUGUUUGGAGUUUUUGGCAGCAAGCAUCCUGAUUGUAAAGCGAUGGUUCAUACAGGAUCAUGAUGAGUUUUGACACCUUAUGUAUGUGAAUAUUAGUGUUGCUGAGCAUUUCAUUGUUUGU